GUUGCUCUCAGCCACCGAUCAGUUGCCUUUUUCGAAAACAUCUUCAUCGUCGCCCAGCCAUACCUUCAAAAUGUCUUCAGACCUUCAGUGGCUCCUCGUCCGCAACUACAACUCCUUCAUUGUGAAGCGAGUCCCCGAAGGACCGAUAUUCUCCAAGGAGCCUGGUAACCUCCGGAACAUUCACUCACACAAGUUCUCUGGGUUGGCUAACGCCAAGACCGUCGAUGUCGCUGACUCGCCAUCUGGUAUCAAGAUAACCACUCGCAAGCCCAAGGCUUCUCCCAAUGCUGUUGUGCCUGCCAAAGCAACCUCUUACAUCCGCCCAAGAUCGGGAGCACGCCGUGCUCUCGGUAUUGCUUCCCUGCCUGCAAAGAGGGGAUACAGGCCUGACCUCCGUUCUGCCGCCCUCGCCCGUGUUUCCGCUCUCAUUGCUGCCCGAAAGGAGCCCAAGCCCUCACCACCGAAGAAGCUGCGAGGGAAGAAGGCCAGGGCUGGUUUGGAGUAG